UUAUUGUUCCCCGCCGGCUGUCGAAACGGCAGUAGUCACGCGACGCUCUCUUCGGUCGUCGACUGUUUCCCGCGGUGGCGUUUUCGGAAAAUUCACGGCAUCAGAAGAGGGAUCCGCGUGCCUCUCCACGGCAACGAAUGCAAAGUUAUUAUAAUCCAAGAAUAGUUAACGUAUGAAUUGGAUUGAUUUUAAAACACACAAUGACUACAGAAAGUCCAAUGGGAAUUUCUGCAGAAUUUCAAAACCAUUUACGAUCAAAAUGUGAACUUAAAUUAAAUGAAACAGUUCACACACAUCCAAGUUUACAUUUUUGUCGGGGGACGUUUGAUGGAUGGCUUUGCUGGGCAGAUACACAAGCCGGAGUCACCGUUCACCAACCAUGUCCAGAAUUCAUUUCUGGAUUUGAUCCAACGAGAACUGCUUAUAAGAUUUGUAAUAAAAAUGCUACAUGGUUCAAGCACCCAAUAUCAGGUGCAGUCUGGUCCAAUUACACAACUUGUAUUAACCAUGAAGAUUACAAUUGGACACAACAAAUCAAUAACAUUUAUCAAACCGGAUACUUAGUUUCGUUCAUUGCACUCCUGCUGUCGAUUGCCAUUCUUACAUAUUUCAAGUCUUUGAGAUGUGCACGCAACACAUUGCAUACCCACAUGUUCACGUCGUUCGCUAUCAAUAACCUUUUAUGGCUGCUGUGGUACAGGCUGGUCAUUGAGCAUCCGUCAGUCGUAGUUCACAACGGGUGGUGGUGUCAAAUACUACACGUCGUCUUACACUAUUUUUUACUAACCAACUACGCGUGGAUGUUGGCUGAAGGUUUUUAUUUGCACACUCUUCUUGUGUUCGCUUUUACGUCCGAAGAUACUUUAGUUCGAUGGUCUUGGACAUUGGCUUGGUCUACGCCGCUGGUCGUCAUUUCUUUGUACACAUUACUACGAAUUUCCAGCGCUCAUACGUCCGAAUGCUGGAUAAACGAAUCGCCAUUUACGGAGGUGCUGGUCGUGCCCGUGUGCAUGUCGAUGGCGCUCAACCUGGUGUUCCUGUGCAACAUUGUCCGCGUUUUGUGGGUAAAACUUCAGGCCGGCCCAUCUCAUCUGUCCAACAGCACACCAUCACGAACACUACUGCAGGCAUUUAGAGCUACACUUUUGUUAUUACCACUGCUCGGGCUCCAUUAUCUACUCACACCAUUCCGGCCACCCAAACAACAUCCUUGGGAACCGUUUUAUGAGGUAGUGUCUGCCACCACUUCAUCAUUCCAAGGACUUUGUGUAGCAACAUUAUUUUGCUUUCUAAACGGAGAGGUUAUAGCUCAAAUCAAGAGACGGUGGCAAUUCAUGUUUUUCCGGACGAGAGCAAACUCGUACACAGCAACAACGGUCUCGGUACGUCAGUUCAUAAGAUCAACCGCAGGUCCAGGCGAUAAUGAAGAUAAAGUUUAGAGACAACAUGUGGUAAUAACGUCAUUUUUCAACAAAAUAUUGAACAUUUUUUUUAAAUAUAUAAUAAAUUGUAUGUUUGUACAAAUCUAUCACGUAUAGACUUUCCAUUUGCAACACAAUAAUAAACUAAUUUGAGAGUUUGUAUUUAAUGUUAUUAUUACGA